AUGGAUGGUAUCCAUAUAAACUACAUGAAAUGCGACAAAACAGGAAAUAUAAAUUACGAGGAAAAUAAGAAAGAUGAAAUACAACAUCAAAAUGAUAGAAAAAAUGAAAAUAAAAUAAUAAAAGAAUAUGUUAUAUGGGAGGAAAAAAAACUCGCGCCCCCAAAAAUUAAAAAUAAUACCCAUGACAUAAAUAAAAAAUAUUUAAGAAUGAAUAUGCAAGUUAAAAAAGAAAGUUUAGAAAAAAUUGAACCAAUUGGAUACAUUGAAUUGGUGAAAAAAAAAAAUGAUGAAAAUAUAUUUUGCAAACAGCCUUACAAUGAUAUUAAUUAUAAUGAAAACAAAAAAAAAGGAAUAAAUAAAUAUGUUUUAUUUGAGAAUUUUAAAGAAAAAAAAAACAGACAAGGAAAAAGAAAUAGGUCCCCUAUUUUAUUGGAAAAAAAUCAUAAUGAAAAUAUUGAACAUUAUGAUAUUAUGUCAAAUAGUGAUACUAUAUUAUCAUCUGACAGUAGUUUAGAAAAUAUGUAUGAAAUGAGCUAUAACUAUUUUACCUAUAAUAAAAAUAAUGUAGAAAAUUUGGCUUUAAAUUCAAGGGGAAAAUUUAUAUCAAAAAUUUUGUCUAAAAAAAGGAAUGAGAUAAAAAAAAAUAACAGUGAUAAAAAAAAAAAAUGUUUUAUGAAUAAUCGAAGUAAUAGUUUUGAGGGUUGUAAUAAAUUUUUGUUAAACAAUGUUUUAAAAAAUGAGGAAAAAAAUAGUAGUGAUAGUACAUAUAAAAAAAUAAAAUUAUUAACUGGUAAUAAAAUGAAGAAUUGUAAUAUUUUUAAUGUUGAUAAGAAUCUUAAAAAAUGUAAACUAGCCCCAUUUGUGUGUAAAUUGAUAAAUUGUAAUAUACAAAAUGAAGAAAUUCAAAUUACCCCAAACACAAAUAUAAUUGAUUUCAAUCCAUUAACAUAUAUAUCCAAUCAAUAUAUGGAAAAUAGUUAUAGGUAUAUUGUAGGAAAUGAUGAAAAUAACCAGAAAAAUUAUACACCUUGUUCUUAUAACAUGUGCAACGAAUUUAUUUAUAAUAUUAAAAAUAAAAUUUCUGGACAAACCAAUACAGAGCCAUACUUAUAUGAUGCCGUUCCUACAAAAGAUGAAGAAUUUUAUUUUAUUAAAAAUAAUAUGAUGAUGAAAUAUAGUAAUAAUUUAAAAGAAGAAAAUGUAAUGAACAGAUUAAAUAUUAAAGAGAAAAAAGACAUGAAAAAAAAAAAAAAAUAUAUUCCUAGUUACACAAAUAGCUAUAUUAAUAAUGGUAACAAUUCAAAUAUUAUAACUUUUAUAAAAUAUGACCCUAAAAAAUAUAUUAAUAAAAAGUAUAUUACAAAGCCAUAUUUAUAUAAAGAUAUAAAAUUAAGCAAUGAGACAAGUGAUAUUAAAAAUAAUUUUCAAUUAAAAAAGGAAUAUAAAAAUUACUUAAAUAAUUUAAUUUGCUAUACUCCUAAACAUAAUAAAAAUGUAUUUUAUAAAAAAAAAAAAAACUUCAAAAAGAAUAAGAUAUAUAAAAAAAAUGUAUUUGAAAAUAUAUUUAGAAAAAUUAAGUUAUUAAGUUAUGCAAUAUUUUUCUGCUUUUUUAUUAGCAGUAAAAAUAGAUCAAUCAAAGAACAAAAAAAGAAAUAG